AUUUCACACCGUCAACAGCCACCAGUGUGCAACAGCGCCACAGCAAACGACACACACAUCGACCUCCCACACUCCACCACUCCACCACUCCACCACCAACCGAACGAACACCGACCAUGGCUGGCGACUUCCCCGUGGGCACGAAAGUGUGGGCAAAGUGGAGCAAGACGUUCUACCCUGGAAAGGUUUGGGAGCCAACGGCGGAACAGAGCGCUGCCAUGCCCAAGAGCAAGCCCUACUUUGUCUUUUAUUACGGCGCCCCGAUCAACGCAUGCUUUGGUCACCAUUCCAAGAAGGAGCUGCAUCGCUUUGAUGACGAGGAGUUCACUGCCAAGAUGAAGAAGAAGAAGCUGUCUCGCGACAUCAAGGCAGGCCUUGAGGCCAUUGAUGACCCCGCCGCCCAGCCUGAAGUGCUGCUCGCCCCCCAGGCUGUGUAUGCUUCCCCUGAGGACGAGGAAGACAGCGGCGAGGAAGAGGCGGCGUCGGCACCAAAGUCGUCUGCACCCGCCCGUCUUCGCAGCGAUGACGAAGACGAAGACGAGGAUGAGGACGAGGACGAGGAAGAGUACCAAGCGCCCGAGGAUGAUGAUGAUGAGAAGGACGAAGACUUUUCGCUUGACGGCGGGAAAAAGCGCAAGCCGCGCGCUCGCACAUCCACGUCCACAUCCAAGCGAGCAAAGACAACGCCUGCCAAGCGUAACAGGAAGACACCAGCAAGCAAGGCAUCAACAACGAAGGCGAAGACAAAGCCGGCAGGGAAGCAGCGCCGUGGGAGCGGACGGGCGGCGGUUGUGUCCAAUGCAGUCAUCUCGAGCGAUGAGGAGUCGGAGGAUGAGGACCACGCCACCGAUCAGCCAACCUUGAAGAAGCGUGAGGCGGCGAUGCCGAGCGAGCUGGCGCCGCUCAAGUCGCACGAGGAUGUGCGCGGGAACGACAACGAGGCAGAAAGCGAAGAUGACGUGAUUGAGGACGCAGAGGCGCCCGCAAAGAAGCCAAAGAAGCAGCAGCAGCAGCAGGCACUGAAGGAGAAGAAGGAAAAGAAGGAGCGUAAGCCGCGAGAGAAGGAGAAGAAGGAGAAGAAGGAGAAAGCGCCAAAGAAGGAGAAGAAGGCCCGGGCGCCGAGGAAGAAGACAGCGCCAGCAAAGCAGGACACCCCAAAGAAAAUCACAGACGCCGAGCGGUUGGGCCAGCUCGUCUCGGAACUCAAGCGCUGUCUUCCCUCCAAGGGCGACAAAGACGUGAGCGGUGCUGUCUCGCGUCUGAAAGAGAUUGACGCACUGCCGCUGAGCCAGCGCACCAUCACCGAAAACACCGACCACGUCGUCUCCAUCCGCAUGCUCCGCAAGUUUCCUGACCAGGCUGUGUCCUCUCAUGCCAAGGCCAUCAUUGCCAAGUGGAAGACGAUGGUGAAGGCGGCGACGGAGACGACUGGGCCGGCAAAGGAAGAGAAGAAGGAAGAGAAGAAGGAAGAGAAGAAGGAAGAGAAGAAGGAGAAGAAGGAGGAGGAAGAGGAGAAGGAAGAGAAGAAGGAAGAAGAGAAGAAGGAAGAGGAGAAGGAAGAGAAGAAGGAAGAAGAGAAGAACGAAGAGAAGAAGGAAGAAGAGAAGAAGGAAGAAGAGAAGAGAGAGAGAGAGAGAAGAAGGAAGAAGAGAAGAAGGAAGAAGUGA